CGAUAACACUUUUUGACCGCGAUCUAUAAAACCAUUCAACAGUUCCAUUGACAUCAAUCUACUCUUGAUUCUAACAUACAAUACACCAAAAUGUUCCGCAAAAUUGUAACUUUCGGCACCCUCUUGGCCGUAGCCAGCGCCAGCCUUUACGGCCAUGGCCACGCCGUCUCAUCCCAAAGCAUUGUUCGUCACGAUGAAGCCCAUAUCGCUCCUUUGCACUAUGCAGCUCCCGUAGCGCACUACGCCGCACCUGUUGCCCACUACGCCGCCGCUCCCGUAGCGCACUACGCUGCCCCCGUAGCGCACUACGCCGCUCCCGUGGAACACUACGACGGACACGACACAUACGCUCACCCCAAAUACGACUACUCUUACUCCGUGGCUGACCCUCACACCGGUGACCACAAGUCCCAGCACGAGAGCCGCGACGGAGACGCCGUGCACGGAUACUACUCUCUGGUGCAGCCUGAUGGCUCCGUGCGCAAGGUCGAGUACACCGCUGACGACCACCAUGGUUUCAACGCUGUGGUGCACAACUCCGCCCCCUCAGUCCACCCCGCCCCCGUCCAUGGUCACGACUACCACCACUACUGAGCAAUUAGCUAUAGAAAACUAUUAAUUUAUUGGUAUGAAAAUGUGAUAUGAGAUGAGAUGUGAAAUAUAAAUGAUUUGACAACACCACAGC